AUGUUCUUAAAUAAUAAUAAUAAUCAUCAACAACAACAACAACAACAACAACAACAACAACAACAGCAGCAGCAAAACAGUGACAACAGCAACACUAGAUUAGACAGCGAUUGA